UGGGAGUUCCUAGAGAAGUACUACAAUGGGACCAGGAGGCCAGAGAGCGGUAUGUGGAGUACGCUAAGAGAGGAACACAGACAGUUCACCACGCCCGGGGGAUGAUUGUAGGAUGUGCUGGGGCGGGGAAAACCACGCUACUUAAACGUCUGCUUGGUUGUAGUGAAGAAGAGAUCAAGGAAGUAAAAUCUACUGAGGGAUUGGAGGUGCAUGAGGAAAUAUUUCAUAUUUGUGAAAAAAAUCAAUCAUUAAGAGGAAAAAUAAAAGAUAGGAAAAUGUGUGAGAAGAAUGGAGAGAGAGAGAGUGAACCUUCAGAUAAGACUUUGACUUUCUUUGACUUUGGAGGGCAGUGUGCUUACUACGCUUGUCAUCAGAUUUACCUCACCAGGAGAGCCUUUUACAUUGUGGUUGUAGACGCCUCUAAAGACCUGGACCAGGUGGUAGAUAAGGAGGUGUGUGACCAGACGGACACAGUAUUUUCUGGAUGGACAUACAAAG